CGCGACCGACCUCACUGGACUGAGACUCCCGGACGCCGCCGCAACGCAAGACACUGCCUGCAAUGAACUGAACAGAAGACCGCGACGGCAAUGUCACGGUAAACUGAAGGAAUCGCAUCUCUCAGCUAGUACUCCACUCCCGUCCAGAACUUGUUCAGGUACCUGAGGUCAUCGUGCGCUUCGUUCCAUGCUUGGGCUGGCCAUCUGCAUCAGAAGAAGAAACUGCUGAAUCUGCAAUUCGCUGCUUGUGCGCCUACACGUCUCGAGGCUCAACUCAACACCUUCUCUCCACCGUACGCGAUCGCAGGCAUCACACAACCGCAUCGCAUCGCAGCAUCCCUACUCUAUCUAUACCUGUCACAUCAGGGCACCCGGCAUACUCGACACAAUUGAGCCGGCAGGACGUGGUCUUUUUUUUUAUAUUUCUUUUUUUUCCUUCUUCCCUCCAGCUCCAACACCCAAGGGUUGACCCAAUUCUGUCGUGUCUUGGAUGAUUCGAUCAUCCAUCAUUGAUCGGUCACUCAUCCUUUCCCUUUUCGCGACCAUCUCGUAGCGUAUCAUCAUCUUCACCGGCUUUUGCUCCAAGCGCCCCUACUUGAGCGACAAACCUAACCUGCUACUUUGCGCUUCUUGUCCGGUAUCUUGAGCGUCCUGACCCCCCGGCUGUUCAAACAGCGGCCCAUACGCAUCCUGUCUUUCAAGUCCAAAUUCGGACAGCAAAGAACGGCCAUUCUGUUGUCGCGUUGAAACAAAGUCAGCUGUCGCGCCCGCAAACUUCCUGCUUUGUUCAACUAGGCCACAGUCGGCGACCUGUUAAUCGCAGCUGUUUACUUUCCUUCACCCAAGAAUUAUUCCUACCCGGACUUUUCGUCAGGGCGCAAGCUAUUCCAUCCACUGAAGCUACCAGCCCUUACAUCAUCUGCCAGCCCAGCUUCAGUUUAGAACACCACAAGGUUCUAGUGGACACCGCACCCAAUCAUCCCCAAUUUCUCCCGUCAGUGGGUGUAUUGUGCUACACCACCGGCAACAUGGCCGCGCAAUUUACUCCCGAGGAGGAGGCGACCUACGCCCGCGUCAUCGAUGAAAUUCUCGAAACUGCCGACCUCGAUACAAUUUCUCGCAAGGCCAUUCGGCAGAAAAUGGAAGCGGCCAUAAACAAGGAUCUAAGUGACCAAAAGCAUGCCAUCAAAGGCUUGAUAGAAGCCCGAUUCGACGCCGCGCAAGCACGCAAGGCUGCCCAAGAGCCAACACCCGAAGAGGCGACUCCCGAGGCGACUCCUGACAGCGACGAAGAUGACGCUGCUACCGAUGGCGAGAUCGAGGUCCGGCCUAAGAAGCAACAAAAGCGCGAGAGCUCAGAGGAUGCCGACGCUCGCCUGGCUGCCGAACUCCAAGCGCAGGAGAAUAAGCUCUCUCGCGGACCCCGAACACGAGGUGGAGGCGCAGCCAAGGUGACCAAGAAGUCCAAACCCAAGGCCAAGACACCAAAGAAGAAGAGCGCAACACGGGUCAAGUCGGACGAUGAUAGUGACAUGGAGCCCGAAGAGGUGGAAGGGACCAAAAAGCGCAAGGCCGGUGGCGGUUUCCAGAAGCCCUUCAACCUAAGUUACCCUCUCCAGGAAGUUUGCGGAGAAGCUCAGCUCUCACGCCCACAGGUAGUCAAGAAGCUCUGGGAGCAUAUCAAAGCGAACGAGUUGCAGGAUCCCAGCGACAAGAGACAGAUUAUUUGCGACGAAAAACUUCAGGCGGUAUUCAAGCAGAGCUCAAUCAACAUGUUCCAAAUGAACAAGCUCCUCGGCAACCAGCUGUAUCCGAUUGAAGAGUAGAAUUCCACGUUCUGAUCUGGGAUGAAAGGGCUCCUCACGUUGGUAUUGGGUCAUUGGGGACUAGGCAGUAGGCUGGGCGUGCAUGGCGUCAUUGGAAAAUCUCUGGGGCUUCGGAACUACUAGUAUACCACAAUACGUCUCGUUUUCAUGGUUUGAGGGUUGAUAGGAGAGGUGUAUGAAAGGGAUAGCGCAUUUUCUCGGGUUUUGCUAUUUGCUGGGGUUUGUCUUUGAGACUUUCUCAGGGGCGCAAGGGGGGUUUCUCUUACCCCAGUCAUACCAAUUUGGAGGCAGAUACAGGUUAUGAGUAAGUCGGAAGGGUUACUCGUCGGUUAGGUUAACGUGCCUCGCUUAUAGCGUGCACCUAACCGACAAGUAGGAAUAGGAAGAACAGUGACCGAGUUUGAGUCAUGCCUAUCACCGGCGGUCGACGGCUGGGUAGGGCUGCUCGUCCUGGUGUCAAACUUUUUUCUGGAGAAUGGAGGUGCAUAUCCUCAUCAGCUCAUCUCUUAGCAUUUUAUGGUGGUGUUUAGUAUCAUGGUGACCUACCAUAGGGAACGGGAAAACAGGCAUGGCGAGA